AUGGAAGAUUUCAACGAUAUGAUUAUUUGCUUCCCUGCAAUAUUUCGGUUUUCAAACACCACCGGUCUGGUGAUUAAAAUCAAAAUAUCCGGAUCGAUCGAAAGACGUUUAUACGUCGCAAUAUUUCGGCUGCUGAGGACCUUGUUACCGAUGUAUGAGAGUCUGACGUCGAUUUCUCUUGAUUGGGGGGGGUUUAUUGCUUUUCAUGAUUAUCCGGGUUUACCUUUGAAUUGUAGGCUGUCGGAUUUGGAUAUCAGGGGGCUUUAUGGUAUUCGCGGGAUAGAUCUAGAUCUGGACGACGUCGAUGGGGGUUUGAAAAUAGUCGAAACAGCAGCUGGAGGAACUGGAGACAAUUACGAACGAUCACGAUUUCCACCCGACGUUCAAAAACUCUUGGGACCUCCGAUAUCUGACGAGGAAUUCAAGGAGCUGGUUACGACGGAAAUUCAAUUCCCGAAGAAGUUGAGAUCGUUUAAGUUCUCGACUAGAGCUUCUAAGAGGGAUACGUGCGAACUGUUGUUUCUUCUUCCGUUAAUACGGUGUAAGGAGUUAACCACCCUCUCCAUCGAAAAUGUAAUCGAAGAAAUCCAAUUACGAAACGAAGAAACAAAAUUCGAAGGAGGAGAAGAAGGAGAAGGAGAAGAAGAAAUAUCAAAAAACCAGCCCAUCUACUCCUUCCCAACCAUCAAAUCACUCCACCUCACCGACGUCACAAAUUUCAACCACAUCCCUUCCACCGUCCCGACCCAAUUCCCAAAUCUAGAAUCCUUCAAACUAACAAAAUCGAAGUACAUCUCAAGAUCUACACGCGAAGAGUAUAAUACUUCAUGGCCAGAAGUAAUCCCCGAAAUUCCCACUCUUAGGUUUGCGGAAAUACCACCCCCGUCCGUGGUCACGAUGGGACCUUAUGGGAACCCCUGGGUGUUGGAAGAGGGACUCAAUCGACGGACUUCGGAAGGACGGCUUUUGGGGUUGAAGACUGUUAAUAUCCUUCAUGAGGAUGAGCAGCGGAUCGCAUUUGUGGGUACGCGUACUGUGGUAUCUUUAUGUCGGUUUCGACGGAAGAGUAAUCACGAAAUUUCGGAUUCCGGGAAGACUUGGGUUCAGAUAGAUGAGUGA